AUGUUCAAGAAAAAGCGUUUCGAAGCUGUUAAAGAGGCAGUCAGUAAAACACCUGUUCUACGUUAUUAUAGUUUAAUUUCAGAGGUUACUAUUCAGUGUGAUGCAUCCCAGUAUGGAGUUGGAGCAGCCCUUUUGCAGAAUGGCCAGCCCGUGGCUUUUGCAUCCAGAAGUUUGUCAGAGGCAGAGCAGCGUUAUGCACAAAUUGAAAAGGAAUGUCUAGCUAUUGUUUUUGCAUGUGAGAGGUUUCACCAUUAUGUAUAUGGACGGGACAAGGUCACGGUGCAUUCUGACCACCAACCACUGGAGUUAAUUUUCAAGAAACCGUUAGCAGCAGCCCCAGCUAGGCUUCAGAGGAUGUUGCUACAUCUGCAGUAUUAUGCUUUGGAGGUUAAGUAUGUCAAAGGAAAACACAUGUACAUUGCUGACACAUUAAGCCGUGCGUUCUUGCCUAAUUGCUCUGAAAAUUCUGUAUUUGUAAAUUACCUUGAAACUGUGAAAAAUGAGGCUACAACACUGAUCGGAGAUACCUUGAUGAUCACAGAUGACAGAUUGCAAGAGAUAAAAGCUCACAGUGGAAGUGACAGUAAUCUUCAAGCAGUUGCAAAAAUGAUCAGAGAAGGAUGGCCAGAUGCUAGAAAUAAAGCUCCUGAGUGUGCUAGAGCUUUUUAUAAUUAUAGAGAUGAACUGCAUACUGAAGAUGGAGAGGUGGUAUGCCCCAGACUGCCAGGUAGUAAGAUAUGGAUUCCUGCGCUUUGCAUGGGAGAAGUUGCUCCUAGAUCUUACAAAGUCAAGGUGGAAAUAGAGAGUAUAGAAGAAAUCGACGGCAGUUAUUGGCUACAGGAGAGAGAUGUUCGGAUGACUUGGAGAACAGAGGUUGAUACUGACGAGCAAUUGGACGAUAAUGAUCUGGAACAGAUCUUACAAGAGCAGAGUUUGAUACGGAGCUGCAGUCCACAACAGAAAGAAAAAGAGUAA